CUUCUCCGUCGCCCAUUCGCUCGCCAUUUCCUCAUGCUUGGAGGGAUCCUGUGGCGCAUUGCCUUGCAAUUUGGCCCUAAUACGCUAGUCCAAGAAGCGUUGGCAGGUCCCUCCUCAGCUGUCACACUAUGGGGAAGCGGUGAAUCAGUCGGCAAUCUUUGGGACAACUUCGUAACCCCCGAGGAAAUAAACACUUUGCUAGGUCGUAGUCAUUCAGGCUCGGAGAGUUGCUGGCCUCCCAACGACCUGUGGGAUUCUUCCAAGAAGUGGAAAGGGUUUUGGUCGGAUGCUGAUGAAGCAUGGUUCCAGUUACAUCUGGUGAACUUGUCGUCCAGGAACCUUCAA